GGACUCCAGCUGUAUUUGUUUGGGAAGACUAUGGAUAGGUACCAGAGCUGGCAGCUGAGCUGUGUGAAUGCCAUCCUCCUUGUGCUGCUGUGGACCGGCAUUUCCCACGCACAGAGGGACUGCACGGGCGCAGAAUGCCAGCCGCUGGACAACUGCAUCGAGGACGUGCUGGAGCCUGGCGAGUGCUGUGCCACGUGUCUGCAGCACGGCUGCACGUGCGAAGGCUAUCAGUACUAUGACUGCGUCAAUGUGGGCUUUAUCAACGGCAAAGUGCCCGAAGGACAGUCUUACUUUGUGGACUUUGGAAGCACUGAGUGCUCCUGCCCCAAGGGAGGAGGCAAGAUCAGCUGCCAGUUCAUGCUGUGCCCGGAGCUGCCCCCAAACUGCAUCGAUGCAGUGGUGCCAGCCGACGGGUGUCCUCAGUGCGGGAGGAUAGGCUGCCUGCAUGAGGGCCAGAAGUAUGUGGCAGGGCACACCUUCCACAUGCCCCCCUGCAAGGUUUGCCAUUGCCCCAACGCUGGCGGUGAGCUGAUGUGCUACCAGCUCCCAGACUGUAACGCGUUCGCCUUAAACACUGCGAGUCCAAUAGAUGCUGAAGAUAAUGAGCCAGAGAGGCAUUAUGACGAUCCGUACAGCUACGACCAGGAGGCACCAGAAGGAGACAAUGCGCGGGUGGAGUCUGCAAAGAAAUACAGGAGUUACUCGUCCCACCUAGAGCAGGAGAGCAUCAGCCAAGAGCAAAGCGAGGAUUAUGAUUACCUACCAGCCAGCACUGCUCCUUCAGCUUUGGCUCCAGCCGAUCCGUACACCGAGGAAACGGCUGCCCCACUCACCACACCAGUGCCUAACAUCCCUGCUGAAGUUCGCAGUGCCACAGAAAGAAGCGAGCGAAAGAGGGUGCUCCGCACCACUGCAGCAUCCCUCCAGCAAGUGACUCAUAAGGAAGCACCAGUAACCACCAGUGCUCCUCUGGAGCACACGACAGCCACCACGGAGACACCCAAGCACUUGGAGGAAUUGGAGAGGAAAGCAAAGGGGAAACAAGGGGACAAAGAGAGGUCUGAGCAAGAAAGAGCCCACCACUCUAAAAUGAAAAAGCAUGCCAGAAAAGAGGACCCAGGGAACAGUAUGCAUCUAGGCUUGAAAGAGGUGAAUUUAACAGAGCCGAGUUGGUCAAAAUCUUCCCAUGAAAUGCACGAGGGAAAUGCUUUCCCCAAGGUAAAGUUCAGUGCAACAACCUCUCCUCCUGUUGCUCUAAAAGAAGACCGUAGUCAGUCAUCCCAAAAGCAGUCACAGAUGCUUUAUCGUUACCAUCCCGAGGAAGAUGGGGACCCCAACUCUAUUCACGCUAACCCUAGGCUACCAGAAGGUUCCACAAAGGAAUUGAUUGAGAGCUGCUGUGGAGCUGGACAACAGUGGGCUAUAGACAACGGGGAGUGCACAGAAAUCCCUGUAAGUGGAAUGGAUGGUGAUAUUUGCAGAAUUGCUCAGAAGCAGUGUUGCGUCUCCACCGUAAAGGAGAACAGCUGCCUGGCUGGCAUGAUCGCUGCGAAGGAGGGAGACGCGUGCGGGCCAGAGGAGAGCGAUCCCUGUGGAGGAUCACCGUACAAGCAAUGCUGCGAUUGCUGUAACCUGGGCCUGCGAUUAAGGAGUGAGGGGAAGACCUGCGAGUCCAACAUAAACCUGGGCUACCCCUGCAGUCAUGUGAUGCUGUCCUGCUGUGAAGGGGGAGAUCACUUCAUCCAUCCGGAAAUAAAAACUUUAACAGUGACACCUGAGAAGGUUUCAGAGACAGAAGAUCACAAUGAAGCUUUGUCCAUCAGUAAUGAAGCUGAACUCUCAAAUAGCCUGCCUGGAGAUGACCUGGACGAAUGUCUUAUCUACGGUGGGGAACUCUGUCAGCAUUUGUGUAUAAACACCGUGGGGUCCUACAAGUGUUCGUGUUUUCCAGAAUUCACUUUGCAAGAUGAUGGGACCAGCUGCUCUCCAGAUCCUGACAGAGGACAGGUGACAAGGCUAGAAGCAGAAGUCACCGUCCCUCCAGCAGCCUCUCCUUCUCAGCCUCUUCUCAUCAUGUCCUUAGAAGAAGAGCAGGAUAAGUGUAAAGAUAAUGGCCCCUGCAAGCACAUCUGCAGCGUUGUGGAAGGCAAUGUCGUAUGCUCUUGUUUGUCUGGAUAUACUAUCAUGGCUGAUGGGAUUUCUUGUGAAGACAUUAAUGAAUGCGUAACAGAUAAGCACACCUGCCAGCGGAGAGAGCACUGCGUCAACACGAUGGGAUCAUUCAAAUGUCUCCAGGAGCUGAGCUGUCAGCCAGGUUAUGAACUUAAGGAUGGAGAAUGUGUUG